AUGACUGUUGAUAAGGGACUAUGGAUUUUGGGUUAUGGCUCACUAAUUUAUAAACCACCUCCACACUUUACACAUCGAAUUCCCGCCAUUAUACAUGGGUUUGAAAGAAGAUUUUGGCAAAGUUCUAUAGAUCACAGAGGUUUACCAGAGGCGCCUGGGAGAGUAGUAACAUUGAUAUCAUACGAAGAUAUUGUCGCUAGGGAUGAUUUCAAGAAGGAUUUCCAUCUGUAUGAGAGCCAAGAUCCAACUACAAUUUCAAGGAAUGACCUGACUACUGUCGGUGUAGUAUAUUAUAUUCCGUCUGAUCAUGCUGCGGAUGUUAGAGAAUAUUUGGAUAUAAGAGAACAGAACGGGUACACCUCUCAUGAAGUUGAUGUACAUUUGGAAGUAUCUCCUUCUCAGGAAGCCGAGUUGAGGGACUCUCUGAAACAUUUAGAUAUUCAUGAACCUUCUGGAAGAAGAGUCCUUAGAACUUCAGUAUACAUUGGAACUGUGGAUAAUGAGGCCUUCAUCGGUCCAGAGGAUAUUAAGGACACUGCUGGAGUCAUUGCUACUUCUCAUGGUCCAAGUGGAUCUAAUUAUAAAUAUUUGAAAUUGUUAUGUGAUUCCUUAGAUGAGAUGGUUAAAGACGGAUCGAUGAAAGCUACUGAUAACUACUUAAAGAAGUUACUUGAUGAAGUACACAGGGAACUCUAA